GGAAAAAAGAAGGGGGACUGGAAGGAGCAAGAGAGAGAGAGAGAGAGAGGUAGGGCAAGGGUGAGUAAGCAAGAGACUCACAGACCUAGAGGGAAAGAGAGAGAGAGAGGAGCGGAGUUAAUGGAGAGGGCUUCAACUGCGCACAAACAGAGAUUUGAUCAGUGAGUUUAACUUGCUGGUGCUGGUCAGUGCGCAGUGAAGCCAUCCACUGCAAACAAGCCCUGCCUGCGCCCCGUGCGAGCCUCCGCUACUUGUUGAGCUGAAACACUGACUUUUUUUUUCUCGCUGUUUGUUUGCUAAGAGGAAGAAGUUCAGGAGCUCUGCGUGGGACCGGAUUCCAUUUUGGACGUAUUUCUGUGACAGCACCUCAGUUGCAUUUGUAAUGUUGGGUGAUCGGAAGCAAGCGCGGAACCUGUGGAUUUAACAAACACGCGGAUUUGGGACAGUUUAUUUCUUAUCUUUUGACUUGUACCAGUUUGCUUCAGCGUGCAUGAACAUUUACUAAAGCAACGAAAAAAUAUAUCUAAAGAAAUCAAGCGAUGGAAGUAAGUGCGGACCAGCCACGAUGGAUAAGCCAUCAUCCCGCGGUGAUGAACGAACAGCAUCCUGGCUCACAUCACCCGGGCCUCGGCCACUCAUACAUGGACCCUUCGCAGUAUCCCCUCGCUGAAGAUGUGGAUGUACUCUUUAAUAUCGAUGGACAGGGGAACCACGUCUCUCCAUACUAUGGAAACUCUGUCCGAGCCGUCCAGAGGUACCCUCCUCCUCCACACAGUAGCCAGGUGUGCCGUCCCUCAUUACUGCACGGCUCUCUGCCCUGGCUGGAGGGGAGCAAAGGAAUCCCCCCACACCACAGCACUUCUCCCUGGAACCUGAGCCCCUUUCCCAAGAACCUGCACCACGGCUCCCCGGCCAGCCUGUCCGUCUACCCCCCAGCCUCAUCCUCCUCCUCCCUGUCUACCGGUCACUCCAGUCCACACCUCUUCACGUUUCCCCCGACCCCUCCCAAAGACGUAUCCCCGGAUCCGGGCAUAUCUACCCCCGGCUCCAGCAGCUCCGGGCGGCAGGAGGAUAAAGAGUGCAUAAAGUACCAAGUGACCCUGGCCGAGAGUAUGAAACUGGAGUCAGCUCACAGCCGGAGCGUGGCAUCAAUCGGAGCAGGGUCAUCCUCUGCCCACCACCCCAUCGCCACAUACCCACCCUAUGUCCCUGAAUACGGCCCAGGCCUCUUCCCACCAAGUAGCCUGAUAGGUGGGUCAUCUUCUAGUUAUGGUUCCAAAACAAGACCAAAAACAAGGUCCACUUCAGAAGGUAGGGAGUGUGUGAACUGCGGGGCCACGUCGACUCCGCUGUGGAGGCGGGACGGUACGGGUCACUAUCUGUGUAACGCCUGCGGACUCUAUCACAAGAUGAACGGGCAGAAUCGCCCUCUCAUCAAACCCAAGCGACGGCUGGUACGUCUCCACCAUGUUUCUCUGUUGAUGACAUUUCCGUCUCUCUCUCUGUUUUUCCCCUAUCCAGGAAGAAGUAGGCCUAUUAGCUGCAGGAAAUUGACUCGACAAGUGCAGUCGGCAGCCAGGCGGGCAGGGACGUCGUGCGCAAACUGUCAGACGACAACGACGACGCUGUGGCGGAGAAAUGCCAACGGGGACCCGGUGUGCAACGCCUGCGGCCUGUACUUUAAACUGCACAAUAUCAACCGACCUCUGACCAUGAAGAAGGAAGGCAUCCAGACCAGGAACAGGAAGAUGUCCAGCAAGUCAAAGAAGAGCAAAAAGGCCCAAGAUAGCAUGGACGACUUCUCCAAGAGCCUGAUGGACAAGACCAGCUCAUUCAGCCCGGCCGCCCUGUCCCGCCACAUGUCAUCCUUCCCCCCCUUUUCGCACUCCGGCCACAUGCUGACCACCCCCACACCCAUGCACCCCUCCUCGAGCCUCCCCUUCACCCCGCACCACCCUUCCAGUAUGGUCACAGCCAUGGGUUAGAGCUCCCCGCGGUGCACCACUCCUGAAUCCUCAGCCUCGCCACCACCGCACCUUUCGGUACCUCUGCUGACCUGCUUCCAUAUCCUAAACGACAAACUGCUUCUCGGUCCGAUCUAAGCUCCCCAGUCUCACCGCCGAGCCACGGCGUGUGAGUGCGACAGGCUUUAGGCUCCUGUUCUCCUCAGUUGUAUCUUAUUUUUUAUAAAAAUCGAAGUGUACCUCUGCGAUGUGAAUGCUUUGCAGACUUGACUUGACUGUGGCGCACCGACCUCCAGGGGGACGUUUUUUUGUUUUCCCUCCUCCCCGAGCUGCCACCACCACAUUGAGGCUGUCCUCCCAGCUCAUCCACACGAUAAGGAGCUCCAUUUGUGUACAAAAAGCCAUUUUUCCACACUUGACAUCACAAAAAACUGACAUUAAAAUAACUUUUGUGACGCCCUCUUCCUCAAUGUCCAAACCCGACUCUCUUCACCUUGCACCUGUGUAACAGGAACCCCCCCCCACCACCACCACCCCCUUCCCGCUCCCUUGCUUCCUCUCCUUCUUCUCCUCCUUCUUCUGCUGAAGAUGAGGAGAGACAGACGUUGAAUAUAUUUGUACAAAUUGUAUGAAAUACAGUACAUUUAAUGAAGACUUUUUAAUUAAGUAAGAAAAAAAGGAAACAUGCCCCUGGGCAGCUAACAACAAGAAGGGUACGAGUCGCAGCAGGUGGAGAGACUUGCCACUGGAGGAGUGAGGAGAGGCUGCCUCCGAGUCCCGGAGGAAAGAAAAAAAAAGGGAGGAGGAGGUGAGGGAAAGACUUUUGAGAAAGGGCAGGCCUCGGUUUUUGCCUGCAUGAAUUGUGUUGCAUUAAGUUUGCAGAGAGUCAGCGGCUCCGGCUGCAGGCAUCUCUCUUCUUCUUCUUCUUUUUUUUUUUUUGGAUGUGCUAUAGGUCUCGGGCAAUUGGUUUGUGUUGAAGCGCGCACGUACAAGCACACACAUACACGCACACACUUACACGCACGCACACACUCGCACACACUCGCACACACUCGAUCACCUGAAAGACUUUCUUCCUGCCCACAGAUUAUAUGCAUUGUGAAAAAAGUUCCUGUAUUUGUUAUUUGUAUGUAUAAAUCAGAGUACCAAAAAUACGAAAGAAACAAAGAUGUAGAAUUAUUUCUUUAUGUUAUGCAGACUGAAUGGUUGUAAAAAAUUUAAUAAUAAUCACUAGUGUAAAAUAUGACUGCUUUUUUUGUUUCGUAAUUUUUUUUUUUCCUCUUUGAAAAUAAUAAACUAGUUUAAUCUCUGUUGACAUGUUA